CUUGCCAUUUCAAUCAUAGUGAUUUCCCCAUUGGUAAGUUUUUAUUUUCCAACUUUCCAAGUUUUAAACUUUUUGUAUAUUACCAUUAAUUUAGCCAUUGGUUAUGUUCAAUUUGUAUGGAAUUAUACAAGUUCAAUUGGAAAACUUUUAAUACUCUUUGAAAUACUUUCAGGCUCAAUAGUUUGCAAUGUCUCUGACAAUGAUGGAUGGUGCUACAUUGGUCUCUGCUACAAGACUUGCCAAUUAGAUGUCCAUUCUAUCAGUUGUCAUACUACAACAACCACUACACAGUUUCCAACAAAAAUAACAACAAUAGCACAUACAACAGAAACACCAUCCACCCCCCCAAAAUAUCCAAUUGAGAAAAACUGUGACCAUGAACAUCCUCCAAGACAGAAUGGUGACAGCUGGAAACAUAACCAGUGCACCAACGGAACAUGCGCCAACGGGAAAGUUAGUUAUGAGCAUGUACAUUGUGAGACUCCGAAGCCAAUAGCAUGUGAAAAUAACUAUCCUCCGAUCAAAGUGUAUGACGAAUCUGGAUGCUGUUUCCACUAUGAGUGUCAAUGUAUCUGCUAUGGUUGGGGAGACCCUCACUAUGUCACCUUUGAUGGAACAUACUAUGGCUUCCAAGGAAAUUGUUCUUACGUCUUGGUCAAAGAAAUCCUGCCAAAGUACAACUUCAGUGUGGUAAACGACAAUUACUAUUGUGAUGCCCCAGAUGGACUUUCCUGUCCUGAGUUUCUGACAAUUUAUUACCAAUCUUACAAGAUAUUCAUGACCAAGAAGGACGUUGAUGGAGUUUUCACAUGUCUGAUUUAUGUAAACCAGAAACGCAUCAUCCCAGCAUAUGAGACCAAGGACUUCCGCAUCACAGACAACGGAAUUGAGACCCUUUUAGUCAUACCAGCAAUUAAUACCAAGGUGUCUUUCACUGGUCUUAUGUUUAGCAUAUACCUGCCCUGGGACAAGUUCAGUGGCAACACUGAGGGACAGUGUGGUACAUGUGACAACAACCGGACAGAUGACUGCCGCUUGCAAAAUGGAACUAUCGAUUCAUCUUGUCCAGACAUGGCACACCAAUGGCAUGUUGCCAGUGCACACCACCACCACCAGAGCCAGUGCACACCACCACCACCAGAGCCAGUGCACACCACCACCACCAGAGCCGACACCAACACAACCACCAGGCUGCGAUCCACCCAUUUGUCAUCUCAUUCAAAGCAACAUGACAUCUUUUCAAGGGUCUUUGAGAGUUGCCAUAAGAUAAUCCCCUACGAGCCAUUCCUUGUGGCAUGUAUCUUUGAUGUGUGUUAUAUGGAUGAUGUUACUAUUGGCUGCACCAGCUUGCAGACCUAUGCUGAUGCAUGUGCACAAGCAGGAGUCUGUAUUGAGUCGAGAAAUUAUACAAAUGGGCAAUGUGACUUCACAUGCGAGAAACCCAAGGUUUAUAAUGCCUGCGGUCCACAAGUUGAACCAACCUGUAAUGCCUGAUACAAUUUCAAAUUCAUCCAGACUCAAAAUGAGUUCAGCGUCAUGGGAGAUAUACAAUUGGAGGGAUGCUAUUGCCCUCCUGGUACCACUUUGAUGAGUUCCAGCUCAAACUACUGUAUCCCCAGCUGUGGUAAGAAUGGUCAAAUAACAGC